CACCGCGCACAGAGCGCAGAGCGGCGCCCCACCACCGCCUUUGCGUCAGCCAUCCUCACACAGUCAGUGACACAACACAACAUCAGCCCUCGCAGCAUCCGCAUCUCGCGGCCAGGAGGACCAGGAGCACAUCCUCAUCUAAGCAUCCAUUCCACAACUGCCUACCAUCGUCUGCGCACCGCCGACACCAGGCGUGUUCAUUCACCGCUUUGCUUUUUGCCUCGGCUCGGAUUAUUUUUUUUUCUUUGUUGCAUUUAUCUUCUCCGAGAUGGUUUUAUGUUUUAAUCCCGUUUUGUGAGGGAAAAACAGGCUCGAGACGCGGAGCAUCAUCUCUACAGCGCAAAUAUUCUCUCAUUAAGCAGGAGAUCUGCAGUGGCCAUCUGGAGACACAGACAAAGAGCUGAAACACAAGAGAGGCUGUUUCAGUGGAGGUGAUCGUUUCCCCCUCAGAGAGCUGUUUACAGGACCAUCUCCUUCAAAGCUUUAGAUGCCCAGUGGCAGCCUGUAGCCCGGGACUCCCGACUCCCAGAAGCAUUGAAGGUUUGAGACCCCCAGGAUCUCCCCUGGCAGACGCUCUUCUGACCCAGUGCGGCUAAAGCCCCUGGACGCCUCCACACAGUCACCAUGGGAACCGUGCUGUCUUUGUCACCCAGCUACCGAAAGGCGGCCCUCUUUGAGGAUGGACCGGCCACAGUGGGCCACUACACAGCUGUCCAGAACAGCAAGAACGCCAAAGACAAGAACCUGAAGCGCCACUCGCUCAUCAACGUGCUCCCUUGGAAGCGGAUUGUAGCAGUGUCGGCCAAGAAGAAGGGCUCCAAGAAGGUGCAGCCCAACGGCACCUACCAGAACAAUGUCACCCACCUGAACAAUGAAAACCUGAAGAAGUCACAGUCCUGUGCUAACCUGUCCACCUUCACCCAGGAUCAGAGCACUCCAGCUCUCACCAAGAGCUCCAACAACACAGCAUCAUCUGUCAAGAAGGCCCCUCUGACCAACUCCAAUGUGGCCCCCGGGACCCCUAAGAGAGUGAUCGUCCAGGCCUCUACCAGUGAGCUGCUGCGUUGCCUCGGGGAGUUUCUGUGCCGGCGUUGUUACCGGCUGAAGCACCUGUCACCCACUGACCCAGUGCUGUGGCUGCGCAGCGUGGACCGCUCCCUGCUGCUCCAGGGCUGGCAGGACCAGGGAUUCAUCACCCCUGCCAACGUGGUCUUUGUCUACAUGCUGUGCCGCGACGUGGUCUCCUCCGAGGUGGCCACGGAGCACGAGCUGCAGGCAGUGCUGCUCACCUGCCUCUACCUGUCUUACUCCUACAUGGGCAACGAGAUCUCCUACCCCCUCAAACCCUUCUUGGUGGAGAGCUCCAAGGAGACCUUCUGGGACCGCUGCCUCUCCAUCAUCAACCUGAUGAGCACAAAGAUGCUCCAGAUCAACUCUGACCCACACUACUUCACUCAGGUGUUUGCUGACCUGAAGAACGAGAGCCAGAAGGAGGAGGAGAGGAGCCGCCUGCUCAUCGGCCUGGACCGGUGAGGGGAUGCUUUGGGGGGGGAGGGGGCACAGGGGACAGGGGAGGUGGGGCAUACUCCAGUCUGGCAUUUUGACAAUUUUCUUUUUGUCUAAACUGCAGUGGGAUGGGUUCAAUUUGAUAUUUACAUAGAAUAACUCUGAAUCUAGUGAGGCUGACAUCAGAAUCUUCAGCUCUGUCGGGAGGUUUGGUUUUAUUUUGACUGGAGUUUAUUUAAAAUGGGGCGUAGAGUUUCAGAAGCGAGAGCACUCUUUUUGCCUGUAGUUAUCAAGGCCAAACUCUAACUUCAAAUGAACAGAGGAUGGAUUUUCUGGAAAUCUGAGAAUGAAGGUUUUUUGGCAACAGUAUAUGAACAAAAAAUGCCAGACUUGAGUAAAUCCUUUGCUAACAUACAGAUAUAUAUCUAUACUGAAAAUCUUAAAAACAAUUCAGACAAAAAGACAAAAAAAAAAAAAAACAUUAGAAAAGGAAGCUUACAUCUACAGCAUUGAAUGUGGACAGGACUGAGGCCAGCAGCCUAUCAGUGACCUUCUGACUGUUGUGACGUGCACUGCCUACUGCAGGAGGGUGAGGGCUAUCGCCUGACUGGCUUUCUUCAUGCAUCACGGAUGAACAGGCCCCCCCCUCCCCUCCCAGGCUGCAAAACCCCGGCUCUUUGGAAUGCCAACACCCCACGUCUUCAACAUUCAUACGGACACGAUGGACACUUUUUUUUUGCUGCAAUGCAUAUCUGGCCGACUGUGGAGAGAACAGCAGGGGGGCCAUCGAUGCUGGAUCCAUGUUUUUUUUUUUUUUUUUUUGGUGGGUUUGUGUUUGUGGCUCUGCAGCAGGACAUUUACGGUACUAGGGUUGAUUGGAUUGGACAAUGAGCAAACACUGAAUUGUGGGACUUUUGAUAAAAAAAAGACAACAACCAGAGGACACGUGGCCGAUGUUGAGUGGUCAUACUGUGUGUGUUCAGAAAGACCUACUUUAUUUUCAUCUAGAAAAAAAAAAUAAAACAAGUUAAUGGAUGUUUUUCUCCCCAGAGGCUUACACCUAUGGAGGCUUAUUUAUUGCUUUUCUGGAACAAGCUUUCUUUGAUUUUUUUUUUUUUUUUUUCCUUUUUUACUUAGAAAUGUAAUGUUUUGCACGUGUGCCAUGCAAUUUUACAGAGUUUCUGGGAGAGCAGGAGCAAUUAUUACUUUUCUUCUUUUUACUUGAUUUAUAAACCAACUGCAUCUGCAUUAGAGAAUGCUGUGAACAAAGUGACACUAGUUUAUUUAGCUAUGCUUGCUAAAAUAGGCUAUUUGUUUACCAGGGAAAUUCUUUUUGUACUUUUGUCGAUAGGUUGUGUUGCAACCACUUUGGAAUGAUGUUUGAUUUUGUGCUUAUGAUUCAGCAUAGAAAAUGUUAAAACAGUGCCAUAUCUUUGAUGAAAAUCCCACAGGUUCGAGAACACUCUGAGAUACUGUACUGUUUGUCAAGCUGUUGAAUGAUGGGGUGGAUUUUCAUCUACUAAUAACUACUGACUGACACCUAAUUUAUUUCCAUUUACGUAUUUAUUCAUUUAGGCACAUUUAAUGUCAAAGAAAAAUCAUGACGAGAGACUUUGAAAAGGGAAGGACGGGGAGAGAGGUGUGAUUAUCUUUGGUGGGAAUGAAGAUUGAUCUGGUUUAUGCAAAUGAAUGUCACAGGGACUUAUCAGUGAAUAUCUAAUUAAAAAGCCCUUAGAUCAAAACCAAUGUUAAAUCUGACCAUCACCAAAGUGACAUCAUCAAGGACACCUUGACAGAACAACAAACCACUGAGCUUUUAUAGAAGGAAAAGCCCUGAACACCGGCCGUGCACGAGCAGCCUACACAUAUCAGAACGACAAAGCACACACACAUUUUUCCAGGGGGAUAAACUAUUUCAACGACACUUCAUCGUCACUGCAGAAAAGCACAGCUUACCUUGAGGAUGAUCCAUCAGCAUCAAACGUGAGGCGACAUCACAAACAUUCAUCUAGGGGGGCCGGAGGAGAUGAGGGGACCUCUGUAGGAAUAAUAAUGUUUUCAAUCAGAGAAUCCACUAAACUAAAAUGACAUGCAUCAGUGUGCAAUGGGAACGUCAUGGCAACCAAAACAGAAAGCAUGCAGUGCAGCUGACAUAUGUAGCUUUUUAUUUUCAUAGGAUAGCUGAAGGUACUCCUCUGUAAUGACUGCAAUGACAGGAGAAGCUACAGUAUUUCCACCCAGAGAUGACAUAUUUACUGGUUUUUACAUCUCAAUAUAAUAAUGGGGACACUUCUCUUUCCUUUGCAGUGUUCUGAAAAGCUGUUUUAAAAAAGCAUAACGGACUGGUGGUGCCAACAAAAGGCUUCUGUCAUGUUUUAAAGUUGAAUGAAAGGUCUCUCUGCUGCUGCUGUGUUGUGUGAAUCAGAGAAAUGAACAGCUCUCCUCUGCCGCGGAUCUGUGGCUGCCGUGCGGAGUUAGAUCGGUGAGAGACGGUUCAUUUAGAGUGUCUGUACCGGCACAAUGGGGGGGGGGGGGGGGGACACGCACUUUGGACGGGCUUCUGCUCUGGCAGAAAAAAAAGCAGGGCACUCGGGUAAAGGGCCUCAAACAGAGACCUCCCGAAUCUUUUUCUUCUCUGUCCACUUGCCCCGACUCACUUGAAAUGUGCCAUUUUUUUUCCCUCCACUUUGCAUCAUUGAGUAGUUGUUUGAGAAAAUACUUUCAAAA